AUGCUAACGUCAAAGGAUAUGAGAAGUUGGACAAUGAGAAGAUUUUUAUGCUUCUCUAUAGGAACAGCAACAAUAAUAUACGCAUUGCUUUUAAUAGUAUUGUCAAUUCUUAUGAUAACUCAUAUGUCACAUUAUAAUGAAACAUUAUUUAUAAUAAUAGCUAUUUUUAAUUGUAUUUGUUCAGGAUUAAUAUUUAUAUCAAUAGCACAUAAAAAUGCAUUUACAGCAUAUAUAGCAUAUAAUAUAGUUAUAAUGAAUUAUAUGAUUGAAGCGAUAGAAUUUUUAAUAUGUUUUUAUCACACAAGUACAAGUCAUAGUGUUCAGUGGUAUUACGACAAUUUUGAUUGGCAUAGAAAAAUAUUAUAUAAUUAUAAUAUGUAUUAUGGUAUUUUAGAAAUGAUAAUUCAUAUUUUUUUAUUUUUAAUAUCCUUUUUUGUUAUAAAAUUAGUAUGGAGCUUUUAUAGAAUUUUACAAAUAGGAGGAAAUAUUUUUUCUUUUCAAAAAGCAGAAGAUAUUGAACGAAUUUUACAUGGCACACAUUAUUAUUCUUAUGGGACUAUUGCGCAUAUUCAUGAAUAUUGA